AUGAAUACGGGGAAGAGACAGAAGCAGCGGAAGGUGCUGCUCAUGGGGAAGAGCGGAGCGGGCAAGUCGUCGAUGCGGUCCAUCGUCUUCAGCAAUUACGUUGCGAAAGAUGUGCGGCGGCUCGGCGCGACCAUCGAUGUCGAGCACAGCAACAUCAAGUUCAUGGGGAAUUUGAUGCUGAACUUGUGGGAUUGCGGAGGACAAGACGGCUUCGUCGAGAACUACCUCACCCACCAGCGCGCCCACGUCUUCGGCAGCGUCGCCGUCCUCAUCUUCGUCUUCGACAUCGAAUCGCGCGAAUUCCAAGCCGACGUCAUCUCCUACAGCAACAUCAUCCGCGCGCUGGAAGAGUGCUCGCCCACCGCCAAAGUCUUCGUGCUGAUCCACAAAAUGGACCUCGUGCAAGCCCGAUUACGCGUCCAGCUCUUCGAAGAGCGCACAGAGUAUAUACGCACCGCGAGCGAGGGCUUCAGGGAUAGCGUUGAGUUCUUUCCGACGAGCAUCUGGGAUCAGAGUUUGUAUAAGGCCUGGACGCAGAUUAUUUACUUCUUGAUCCCGAAUGCGCGGAGUAUUGAGGGGCUGCUGCAGCAGCUGGCGGAGGUUAUUGAUGCGCGGGAGCUGAUACUAUACGAGAGGACGACGUGCUUGAUGGUCACGCACGUUACGAGAGGACUGGAGACGAACAACCCGUUUACUGAUCGGUUCGAGCGCAUCUCGAGCAUCCUCAAGACGCACAAGCAGUCUAUGGCUAAACACACCGGUAUCCCCGCCGGCAGCGCAAACUUCGCCGAAAUGCAGAUCAAAACCGGCCGCUUCAUGUUCUUCAUCACGCGUCUCACCGAAAACACCAACCUCGCUGCCUCAAUCCCGCCCUCGGAGCAAGUCUUCAACGCUGCCCGCGUAAACAUACUGUUAGUCAGACCAAAGUUCGCUGAGCUGGAUAUCGCGAGCAAGCCUCGGCCAGGCAUCCAGCAGGCGUUCGCGCAUUCCGCGGAGAGCGAGCGGUGGGAGACGAAAGAGCAAGAAGACUCGAGCAAGGGUAAAGGGAAGGAGCCGGCGCACCCCGGCGGGUUUGACGGGUAG